CGACGACUGACCACUAAAAAGUGAACAGAGGAAUACAGAGAGGAGGGGGUCUAUUGUUUUUUGGGGUUGUUUUUGCCCGGCUUGUCAAUCUCCCCUCUUAAGCAUCGCAAACACAAGGCAAAGAACAUUGGAAAGGACUGUGGAAUUUUCAUUCAACCUUCUCCAAUCCCACCCCCACCUACCUCCCCCUUUUUGUCCUUUCUGCCUUGGAUUUCAGUGAACAAAAAUUGUGCACGUGCGUUUGUAUGGUCGCCUGUGCUAUGGAGACCUGGGUAAGGUGUCUAGCAGGGGGAUCAACUGUCGGAUUCCAAGGACAAGCAAGAGAAGAGGAGCCGACAGCAAGAAGCGAGCAAGGGAGCACUGCUGCUUUGGGAGCCUGACUGGAUUCCUAUCUGUAAUUUUCUUUUAUUUUUAUUUUUUCUAAUCAACAAGGAAAGGGAGAAAAAAAAAUACAUUCACAAAGGGCCUUCGAACCUUUCUCUUUGGAUGUGUGGAUUUACAAAAUAGCUCUGGUUAAGCUCUUUGGCAUUGAUACCUGCUUGACAGAGCACAUAUAAAAAGGCUUUCUUUGCUGCUCUUGGGAUAUACAUACAUACAUACAUCUGAUGUGAAUACCACUGCUCUUUCUGGUUGCAAACUGGAGGGAAGCUAUAUAUCUCAAUUCAAGGACCUGUAAUAAUAACUUGAGGUAGGUGUCUAGUGUUUCAACCCCUCUUUGCAUCAAUUUGUAACACCCUACCCUCCCUUCUGUCUUGUAAUACGGUUUUUAGUUGCUUAAUUUGCCAUCAUGUCCUUCUCAUACACACGUUUGAGAAAAACCUGCCCUCUAUACCCUCCCCUCUCUUUCUGCCACUGAGCACAGUUCAUGCAAAUAAAAGCAUUGCUUAAUUGAGGAUAGGUCAAGCCUCCCCCUUUUCCUCUUCAGCACCCUUAACCUCUUUACUCUGGUCCCCUUAACACUACUACCAGCAAACCAGCUACUUUCCCUAUCCCCAAAGCCCUCAACACCAGCUUCAAACACCCACAACCUCCCCCCCAGAUGAUGCUGAAUUAUGAACGUGCCACAUCAUGAGUCUCCUGGGGCGGGUAGCUGUGCAUCGUGCCAGGAAAGCCGCCCUGCUCUGUGUAGUCUUCCUGAUGGCGCGAGCGUGGAGCAGCGCCUCCCUGGCCUUGGCGGGGGCGGCGGUGUCUCAGGGACCCCAGGGCUGUCCACCGCAGUGUUCCUGUAGUAAUCAGCAGGGGAAGGUGGUGUGCACCCGACGUGGCCUCACCCGCGUGCCCCCUGGCAUUCCUGCCAACACGCGACACCUCAAUCUAAUGGAAAACGCCAUUGAGGCGGUGCAGGCUGACUCCUUCCGCCACCUGCACCACCUUGAGGUGCUCCAGCUUGGGCGAAAUGCCAUACGGCAGAUUGAGGUGGGCGCGUUUAAUGGACUUACCAGCCUCAACACACUGGAGCUGUUUGACAACCGGCUGACGGUGGUACCCAGUGGGGCCUUUGAGUACCUGUCUAAACUAAGAGAACUGUGGCUGAGGAACAACCCCAUUGAAAGUAUUCCCUCCUAUGCCUUCAACCGGGUGCCCUCCCUCAUGAGACUGGACCUGGGAGAGUUACGGAAACUGGAGUACAUUUCAGAAGGAGCUUUUGAGGGCCUGCAAAACCUCAAGUACCUCAACCUGGGCAUGUGCAACAUAAGAGGUGAUAUGCCAAACCUGAGUCCCCUGAAGGGACUGGAGGAUCUGGAAAUAUCUGAAAAUCACUUCCCAGAGAUAAAGCCAGGCUCCUUCAAAGGUCUGCGCUCACUGAAAAAGCUAUGGGUGAUGAACUCACAAAUCACAGUGAUAGAGCGCAAUGCUUUUGAUGACCUAUCUUCAUUGGUGGAGCUUAAUCUUGCCCAUAAUAAUCUGAGCGCUGUGCCACAUGAUCUGUUCUCCCCACUCAAGUACCUAGUGGAGCUCCAUCUCCACCAUAACCCCUGGAACUGUGGCUGUGAGGCUGUAUGGUUAGCACGUUGGCUAAGGGAGUAUAUCCCUACUAACUCAACUUGCUGUGGACGCUGUCACUUACCUGCCAGCAUGAGAGGUCGACAGCUGGUUGAGGUGGACAGAGGUGAAGGCGCUGCAGUCCAAUGUUCUGCACCAUUCAUUGCUGAUGCACCAAGGGACUUGAAUAUCUCAGCAGGGCGAGUGGCUGAACUUCGUUGUCGCACGGCACCAAUGUCUUCAGUGCGCUGGCUCCUACCCAACGGGACUAUCCUGACACAUGCCUCUGGUCACCCGAGAAUAUCAGUCCUCAAUGAUGGUACCCUUAAUUUCUCAAAUGUCCUGGCAGCAGACACAGGCACUUACACCUGCAUGGUGUCCAAUGCAGCUGGGAACUCCAACGCCUCGGCCUACCUCAAUGUGAGUGCAGCUGAGCUUAAUACAUCCAACUUGAGUUACUUUACAACAGUGACUGUGGAGGUCUUGGGGCCAACCACUGAGAUGCCCAAACCUAAAACCACCACAACCACAGCUGCUGCUGCAGGGGCCGGGGUAGCUGGAGGAGGAGGGGUAGGCCUAGGGACAACAACUACAACUGCCUCUCCUUCCGUCUUUCAGCCAGUCUUCAUCUCCACACCAACUGUGUUGCUGCAAAGCACUGACAGCCCACCAGGAGCAGCUAAGACAUCUGUGGUGCCAGGACUCCAAGGUGCCACUGGUAAGCCAGGCAAGUCUGGCCCUAGCCUGGAUGAAGUGAUGAAGACCACUAAAAUCAUAAUAGGUUGCUUUGUGGCAGUAACACUGUUGGCUGCUGUCAUGCUCAUAGCCUUCUACAAAUUGAGAAAACGCCACCAGCAGAGGAGCACAGUGGCAGCUGCCCGCACUGUGGAGAUUAUCCAGGUGGAUGAGGAGGACCUUCCACCACCAGCGUCCGCAUCUCAAGAUACAGCUCUCACAUUGCCUGAAAUCCGGGACCAUAACAGCAUACACAAACUGGACUUUAUCAGCCACAAGACUGACUAUAGUUUUCACAAACCCAAGGCCGAAUACAAAUCCCAGCCUGAUUUCACCCUUCAUAAGCCGAAGGCUGAGUAUACCACAUAUAAGCCAAAUAUGGACUUCAGUAGCCACAAAUUCAUCCCAGAUUACAGCACUCACAAAUCUACACCAGAUUUUAGCCUUCAUAGACCAAAGCCUGACUAUAGCCCAUUUAGACAGGACUACAGCACUCACAAACCUAAAGCAGAAUACAGCCCAUUCAAACCAGACUUUGGCACUCACCCAAAAGCUAAAGCAGACUAUAGCCCCUUCAAACCAGAUUACAGCACUCAUCCUAGGCAGAAAACUGAUUUCAGUCCAUUCAAACGAGAUUAUAGCACCCAACCAAAACCUAAACAUGACUACAGUCCAUUAAAAUCAGACUACAACACACAGCAUAAACCUAAGGCUGAAUACAGUCCACACAAGCCCGACUUUGGCACUCACCCAAGACCUAAACUUGAUUACAGCCCAUUUAAGCCUGACUAUAGCACUCAGCCUAAACCCAAAAUAGACUACAAUGCCCAGAGAUCUAAAACUGACAGUAUCUACAAACCCAAGGACCCUUACACCCCCCAUAAGACUGCAACUGAUUACAGCGCCUUCAAGACUGACUUCAGCCCCCACAAAGCGGAUUAUAGCGCCUUCAAGUCUGACUUUAGUCCACACACUCAGAGACCUAAACUUGAUUACAGUCCACACAAAGUGGACUACAGCCCCCAUAAGGUGGACUACAGCACUCUAAAGGCCAAAUACAAUACCUGUAAACCAAGUGGCCAUGGGGCUAAAUGGACAGAAAACAAUGUUGGGAACUCUUUGCCUCGAACCUUGCCCAGCACCAUGACAGCAAUGGCUGAGCCCUUUGUCAUAAAAACUCACACCAAGGAGAAGGUACAGGAGACUCAGAUUUAAAAAAGGCCCCCCCAAAAGGCUACCACUCCUUUCCCUAGGUCCCUAGCUCCCACCCACA